AACAAUGAUUAUAUUGUAUUUUGUAAGAGUGUGGAUGACACACUGAUCACUUCAGUUAUCUAAUUUACGACCUUUAUUUUAUCUACAGGCUUUUCUGACAAGGGAGUGAUGUAUAGCAUAACACUGGAAGGUAAAUUAUGCUCAACCUCCAGCGCUCUGAUUGACCAUCUCUUGUCAGGCUUCUUCGGAUAAUCAAGCUCGGUCCAGUCGCUUUUCAGAUGCUACUCUCUACCAUCUCUGCUAUGCCGCCAGCUUUCCGGUAUAAAAAAGUUGAAGGAAGGACGAUGAUCCCCCCAACAUUCUUUGCUUAUUUCCUCCGAUCUCUUCGAAAUAUCACCAAUGCCAAACGCAGAACAGAACAGAAUGGGGUUGAACAACCUCUUGCAACAACGAUACGGCACAAGUGCUGCUUCUCACUUGCGAUGGGAAAGUGUCAAAUAUGGCGAUGAUCAUAAUCCUACUUGGACUUUUAUUGUCUAUAUCGAUAAUAUUGAGUACGGACGGGGUUCUGGCGGUGACAAGGGGUCUGCGAAGGAGAUGGCAGCAGGAGUUGCCCUUAUGCAGCUUCAAAGGCAGUGGGCUCAUCUAUUGCUCUAGAUACUGUUGGAACCUGGGCCAAGAGAAGUUGCGAACGCAUUCAGGCGACGUCGGACUCGUUGACGUCGGCCGUAGAUCUACAAUUCCAAUUGUCACUUCCUUCACUACGAUAAUUCACUAUACUGAUUCCCUUGAAGAUACGAGUCCAUCUGUGCGACCAUCUCAGUCCUUUUCUGAGACUGAGAUUUAUCUUCCGUCUUUCCGUUACAAAACAACGACUCGGAGUUAAUACACUGUAGUCUCAUUUUUUCAGGGCCUCUCGCUCACCUCUGAGCUGCAUACUACAAAUAGGUUGUCUUCUACUGUUGCUGCAUCUAACUUACCGGUAUAUAAAUUUUCCCGCUUCACAUGUGUCAGCAUGGCAGA